AUGGAAGACGGAUUUCAGCUGGACUAUUUACCUGAUGACAUCCUAUAUCAUAUCCUGUCAUUCCUUGAUGUCAAAUCUUUAUGUACCAUUUGCAGAGUCAGCAAAUUGUUAAAGUAUUUUGCAACCAAGGAUUGUGUUUGGAUGCCAUUAUUGAAAAAUCAGAGGGUUCAGAUGAGAUAUAAGACACCUGUUCACUAUGACACCACAGAAAGCAAAGAUAUAAAGCUAGCAUCAAAUGGGAAAAGGGGGAUUUUUAUGAACCCUGUUUGCAUAUUCUUCCAUUGUAGAUUGAUGCCAUGGUUACAGAGAGACGACCAAUCAAAUAUCUGGUUAUCUGUGAAAAAUAAGAUACGAUGUUAUCAUCUGGAUAAACAUGGAAAUCCCCGGGAAUCCAAGGGAAGACAACUGAGUGGGUUUAGAGAUGAUGUCAGUAAAUUUGUUAUUACAGAUGGGCUUUUAGUCGGUGGAUGCAGAGAUGGAAGUUUAGGCUGUUGGAACAGCGACACCAGUGAUUUGUUAUUUAAAUAUUCCAAUCUUCAUACCAGUGAUACUCAUUGUAUAGAUUAUUGUAAUAAUAUUGUAGUAUCUGGAUCUCGAGAUAAAACAGUUAAGGUAGAGAAUCUACUACGUAAAACUAUUUAUAUGGGAGAUAGAGUUUGGUCUCUAAAAAUAUCACCAUGUGGAGAAAGCCUAGCAACAGGAACUGCUGGUAACCGUGGACUACCAGCUUUAACUACCUGGGAUUUAUCCACAGGGGAGAUGUUAUCAACUUUAGACCCAGACCACCAGAAAGGAGCUGGUAUACUCAAUAUGAAAUAUGAAGAUAGAAACACUCUAUUGACCUGUGGUUAUGAUACAAGAUUACGCAUGUGGGAUUUACGCACUGAUAUUGUUGCUUCUUGGGUGGAGCCAUUUGAUUCUACUGUAUUUAGUUUUGAAACAGAUAAUAAUGUUUCUAUGGUAACUGGUACUGCCUUAUAUGGUAUGUGCAGACUGUGGGAUAAACGUACUACUAAACCAAUUCAGAAAUAUUAUAUUGAUCACAGUAGAAGUCCUGUAUAUUCUUUAACCUUUGACCCUGGUAGACUUUACGCAGCCUUAGACCUAGGUCUAUAUAAACUAGACUUUACUUGA